AUGGUGGACACUCUCAAGUACCUAUUCGGCUCGCCGGGACCUUCCGGGUUCGGCUCCAGCUCCACCGCCGAACAAGUCACAGAAAGCACCUCCGCCCAUUGUUCCUCUCUCACCGCCAUCAUUACCGGCGCGACGUCGGGAAUCGGAGCUGAAACGGCGAGGGUUCUGGCGAAGCGAGGAGUGAGAUUAAUUCUGCCGGCUCGAACUCUGAAAGCCGCCGAGGACACCAAAGCUCGCAUCCUCUCCGAGUCUCCGAACGCAGACAUCAUUGUGAUGCCUCUCGAUCUUAGUUCUCUCAGCUCUGUUCGCUCCUUCGUUUCUCACUUCCAUUCCCUCCAUUUACCUCUCAACCUUCUUAUAAACAACGCCGGAAAGUUCGCGCACCAUCACGCAAUCUCCGAAGAUGGAUUUGAGAUGACCUUCGCCACUAAUUAUCUAGGUCAUUUUCUGUUGACGGACUUGUUGUUGAAGACGAUGUUGGAAACGGCGGAGAAGACGGGGAUCCAAGGGCGGAUCGUGAACGUGUCUUCCAACGUACAUGGCUGGUUUUCCGGCGACAUUAUCCGAUAUCUAGCUCUUAUAACCCUGGACAGCAGCCAUUACGACGCCACACGUGCUUAUGCUCUGUCUAAGCUCGCCAACAUCUUACACACCAAGCAUCUUGCUCUCAAACUCCAGCAAAUGGGAGUCAACGUGACAGUGAAUUGCGUGCAUCCGGGGAUUGUCAGGACCAGGCUCACCAGGGAACGUGAAGGCUUACUUACAGAUAUAGCGUUCUUGCUGACUUCGAAAUUCUUGAAAACCAUUCCCCAGGCUGCAGCAACGACAUGUUACUUGGCGACGCAUCCGAGGCUGUUAAAUGUGUCCGGCAAGUACUUUGCUGACUGCAACGAAGCUUCCAUGUCAAAACUAGGAUCCAGUUCAACCGAAGCUGCUAGGCUCUGGGCAACUUCAGAAUCCAUGAUCUCUGACGGCCCCAAAUCUCUUCUCCAUCUCCUCGACAGCGAUGAAUGAAAUUAAUCUAUGGAUAUAUAGGGGAGCUAACCAGCCAGCUAUAUAUAUAUAUAU